AUGAAUGGUUUUAUGUAUAUCAAUGUUUUUAAUUUAGUAACAGCAAACGUCAACGUCAACGGGAAAAUGAUAUUCCGAGUGGUGUUCGUUGUUGUUAUAAUUUAUGCUCAAGCUUAUGGACAUUGGAUAGAUGAAAAUUUCGUUGACGAAAUUAAUAGGAAAGCGAAAACUUGGAAAGCGAGCUUGAAAAAUUAUGAUAAUUUUACGGAAAACGAGCUUCGCAAUCUCGCUAAUGUCCUCGGUUAUCAUUCAGAUAAAGACUAUGUUUUCAUUAUCAAAAAAUAUCUUAUAGAUAAAACUGUCGUGAUACCGAGUAGUUUCGAUGCUAGGAAAAAAUGGCCUUUGUGUUCGAUUGGUAGUAUACGCGAUCAAAAAAAAUGCGGAGGAUCUUGGGCAUUCGCAGCAGUAUCAGUGAUGAGUGAUAGAUUGUGUAUAGCUUCAAACAAUAUAGUAGAUUUCACUUUUUCACCAGAAGAAUUACUUAGAUGUUGUCAAGAUUGUGGUAAUGGAUGCGACGGGGGUUACAUAUUCCCACCUUUUGAUUAUUGGAAGGACAUAGGAAUACCAUCUGGUGGUGAUCAAUCUAGUAACUUGGGAUGUAAGCCAUUCAAUUCAACCAUAGACAAACAGUUACCUUGCAUCAAGAAAUGUGUAAAUGGAUACAACAAAACUUUGGAAGAGGACGCAAGACAUGGUAUUGACGCUUACCGAGUCCUACAAUCUGUACAACAGAUUCAGAUGGACAUAAUGAACUUCGGACCCGUUGUUGCUUCAAUGGAUAUAUAUAAAGAUUUUUAUAUAUACCAGGAAGGAAUAUAUGAACAUGUUUCUUGGGAUUUGGUGGGACGUGCUGCUGUCAAAAUUAUAGGAUGGGGCGAAAUAAAUGACACACCUUACUGGUUAGUAGCCAACUCCUGGGGUAGAAAAUUCGGAGAUGAAGGAUUGAUUAGAGUUUUACGAGGAAGUAACCAUUGUGGAAUCGAAUAUGAAGUUACUGGUGCAACUCCCAAUACUGAUACGGAAUAA